UGCGGUCCUGAAAGUGCAGCCUCCGGCUUUGCAAGCUGAUGCACACAGAGUUGUGAAAGGUGUGGCUUGCUCUGGACGAAGAGACGUUUUCUGAAGAAAUAAAACCCGCAAACAUCUGUAAUGUCGUCUGUUUGGGAUGAUUUGGAUCUCCUCCUGGACUCCCCCUCCUCUCUUACUGUUACUUCAACAGCACGUGGGACCGUUAAAGAAAAGCCGGGCUUUAACCCAAGCGAGGAUGCCGCUGCUUUAAGGAAAGCUAUUGAGGGCAUUGGGACAACAGAGAAGACUAUUAUUGAAAUUCUAACUCAAAGAAGCAAUGCCCAGCGUCAGCUGAUCUGUAAAGCGUACCAAGAGGCAACAGGAAGGACUCUUAGUGAUGACUUGGAAGGGGACACUCAAGGAGCAUUUGAAGAUGUUUUGGUGGCUCUGUUACAGCCACCUGCUAAGUUCGACUGCCAAGAAUUCAUACGGGCGAUAAAAGGAGCUGGUACAAACGAAAGCGUUUUGAAAGAACUGUUUGCAUCCCGCUCCAACCCUCAGAUCAAGGCUUUGUCUGAGGCAUAUUUGGCAGAAACAGGAAGAUCCCUAAUUCACGACCUUCAAUCUGAAGUGUCAGGGGACUUUGAAACCACCCUGGUGUUGCUCGCUGAGGGAAAGAGAGACGAGAGUAUAAAUGUGGAUGCAGCAAAAGCUAAAGAAGAUGCCAAGAUCUUAUAUGAAGCGGGGGAGAAGAAGUGGGGCACCGACGAGAGCAAGUUCAUCGACAUCCUCUGCCGCAGGAGCGUUCCUCAGCUCAGACAAACUUUGGUUGAAUAUAAGGCUUUGAGUGGAAAGACCCUUCAGGAAAGCAUUGAGAAGGAGAUGUCUGGAAGACUGGAGGAUAUUCUUGUGGCUAUAGUUAAGUGUGUGAAGAGUGUCCCAGCAUACUUUGCAGAGCGGCUGUAUAAAAGCAUGAAGGGUGCUGGUACCACUGAAUCCACCCUCACUAGGAUCAUAGUGAGCCGGUCUGAAAUCGACCUGCAGGACAUCAAGGCAGAAUAUAAGAAACUUUUCGGCUGCUCUUUAUACUCUGCUAUUGAGUCUGAAACAUCAGGAGAUUAUCGGCAAACACUGCUGAAGAUCUGUGGGGAAGAUGGCAAAGCCUGAGCCAAACAUACAUAUCCAAAACUAUUCCAACUAUGUGAAGGUGUCAGUGAAUGUUUAAAAAAAAUAUAAGAAUAUAUCAGAAGACCCUUAUUAACAUUAUUCUUAAUCUAACAGGAUUUUUUUACAAUCAUAGUUUAUAUAGCUGGGUUUUAUAACCUUUACCUCUAAUGAUAUUUGUAGGCCGAUUAAUCAUUUUUCUUUGUCAGAGCUAAACAAUUGUAUGCGCUUACAUUGUGAAAAUUAAUUAUUACAGUAAUUCAAUAAUAAACAUUGAUCUUGAUAUGUAUUAA